CCAGGGAGCAAGCAGGAGAAGACGUCUGCUGAACUGUGAUGCUUUAACCACCACGGAGAAAGAGGAGAGGAGAGAAAGAGAAGAGGACUACACCCACUCACCCCCCCGCUGGACAGAUACUCGUUUAUUCCGGGAUUUCUCCUCCAGGAUGCAGAUAGCAGCCACAGGGUCCACAAGGCCCCUCCCACAGGACUGAUCCCCGUCCACAGGGGGGGAGGGGAAGGGGUGUAGGGGAGCGGGGGGUCGGCGCUAUGGCGACGGCGUCCCACGACCCCAACCUGGGCGCCGGCCCCUCGGACGACUCGGAGAUCUCCCUCGACGAGUCGGAAAGCGGGAGCGUGCUGUCCGACGACUCUGUGAUGCCCGACUACGAGCGCGAGGACAAGCCCAGGGGGGGGUCCACCCCCACGCUGUACGAGGCCUGCCUCAGGAACGAGGCCCUCACCCUCCGCAGGGUCCUGGAGAGAGGGGUCACCAGGGAGGAGGUCAUGGAGCUGGACAUCAACGGCAGGAACGGCCUGAUGCUGGGCGUGUCGAAAGGCUACGUGGACAUCGUGUUCGGCCUGUACACGUGUCCAAUGGUGGACAUCAAUCACCAGGACAACGAUGGGAACACCGCCCUCAUGAUCGCUGCUCAGGCCGGGUUUGUCACCAUCCUCAACUACAUCUUGAACUAUUACCCCAGGGUAGACCUGGAGCUGAGGGACACCCGCGGCUUCACUGCCCUCAUCAAGGCCUCCAUGCAGGGCCGCCAGGACUGUGUUUCUGCCCUGCUCAUGCAUGGUGCGGACAUCAACGUGGUGGACUCCACCAAGGGGAAAGACAUCAAGGACUGGGCCUUGAAGACCGGCCGCUUUGAGAUCCUACAGAGGCUCCGACGCCUCCACACUCGGCCCGUCGCCUUGCAGUUCUGCGAAGACUACGCCAUCGAGUGGCCCGCUCUGAAGGUGCUGGUGGCCAAGGCCACGUCCUCCAAGUCAGCGGGCCAGAAGCUGGCCCAGAGCCUCAAGGACAACCUGACCUUCAGCUUCCCCCGAGACCCCCAGGACGACGGGGUGCUGGACCACAUGGUGCGCAUGACCACCAGCCUCCACAGCCCCCUGGUGGCCACCGGCACCCGGCCCCUCUGCCCCACCAGCCCCCCGGAGAUCGGCAAGCGCCGGCUGGCCGUGCCGGAGCUGGUGGCCAAGCACAGCAGCAAGGAGCUGGAGGAGAGCUCCGUGUGCCACGGCGACGGCUCCAUCGCCUCCAUCACGCCCAUCGUGGUGACGACCAGCGGCAUGUCCCUGACUUGCUGCAACGGGGAGAGGCGAGAGAGCAUCGUCUCCGAGGCCACGAGUCACGUCCGCAGCUACCUGCCCCGGAUCCUGACCCAGAGGAACAGCGUGUUCCCCUCCGGCUGCAUCCCCAAGAUCCAGGUGACCAAGUCCGGGGAGCCCACCCCCAAGAAGGAGAAGAAGACGAAGAAGCAAAAGGGCUACCUGGAGCCGCCCGUGUGGAAGUACAAGGAGUCCAAGGAGGAGAAGAAGAAGGAGAGGAAGAAGGCGGAGAAGGAGAAGAGCAAACAGGAGAAGAAGGAUAAGCAGGCCAAGAAGAAGGCGACCAAGUGAGGCCCCGGACAUCUCUGCACCUCUCCUGGGAGGUCUCCAGUAACAGCCGGGGGAAAUGAACGACUGCGAACUGUGGUUGAUAGAAUGUGGUCUUGGCCCCUGAGAGGAGGAACAAGACAAAGACCAUGAGAACUUGAACAGUUAUAGGGGCCUUUCAGCUAACCCCCCCCCCCCCCAGACUUAGUGCUAUACAUUAUUUGUUUGAAAUAACUAUUUUUCCAUCCUGUCAACUUCUAGAGUUGAAUUGACUUGGAAGUGUCUUUGUUUGCUGAGCCAGGAUGACAAUGUCGGGUCAAAGGCAGUUCUUGACAAAGCGUGUGUGAAGAAUAUUCAUACUCUACACUCGUCAUUCCGGCAUUUAUCAUGGCACCAUGUCAUUUCAUUUUGAGAAACUAAAGCAAUAACCAAUGAACAAGGGCUUUUUAUAUCUGUUACACAACUACCAAGGCUUACCUCAUGGGAGUUGAUUGACGUUUGUAUCUGUCUUCGAGGGAGGGAAGUUCAACUGAUUUCAAAGGAAAGGAACUGAAUAUAAACCAAUAACUGAAUGGACUUUUCAGAUAUGAAACAAUCUUGAGUCGUUUUAUCUGGAACCCUCGCACCCCCCACCCUUCAGAUCGGACAAGGUUCACAUCCCAAGCUUAGCACAGAGGAUAACUGAGUCUUGGAUUGCACAAACUUGCUCCAUUAGAUGUUUUAGUAUUAUUAUACUGUUUUCCAUGUCACAUAUCUAAAAUAACACAAAGAAAUGACAGUUGAGUCAGUUUCUAAUCUAGAACCAAAACUUAAAUGUGAAGAAUGCCUAGAACAAAGCUUGUACAUGACCGGCUACGAUAAAUAUUUCCCAUAAGAAACAAAAGCCCUCCAAAUAUUUGAAACAAAAUACGACCAAACGCGAUAGAAGAUGAU